AUGGGCAAGUCCGCGGCUGGUGGCAAGAAGGCCGUCGCCAAGCACAGCAUCAAGAAGAAGGUCACCUGGGCAGAGGAGAUCUUGGCAGCGCCGCCCAGGACUUGCGAGGCAUGUAAGCAGACGUCCCAGGACAUGGACAGGCACGGGGACGGGACGCGCCGCGUGAAGUGGAGCAAAGCCGAGAGGAGCCGCACCACGGGAGAGGUGUACCUGACAGGCAGCGAGUGCCACCUCUGCUUCGACAUGCGCAGGCGCUUCUUCGACGGCUGCAGCUUCGAAACCUUGCAGGCGCAGAGGAAGGAUUGCCCGUCUCUCGAUGCUCGCUGCGAGGCGCUCAGGAAGGACAGGUGCACAAAGGCUGGGGAGUUCUCGCAUCAAGAGAAGAAGCCAGUGGAGCAGUGGGUGGCCGAGCUGGAGUCUGAGUUCUGCGAGGCCUACGAAGAAGGUGCCUUCUACACUCUCCAGCAGUUCUGCAAGGCCCACAAGAUCAAGUGCGUCGACGGCGACGCAGACGACACCUUGACGAGGAGGAUUCGCAAGACGUGGCCCGACAUUGAGAUCUCUCGGGACGCACGUUUGAAAUCGGUGGGUGUCUGGUACGUCAACGACCCGAACCCGAACAGGGGCAACUACAAGUUUCGCAGGGGCGUCAAGAGCGAGGUGCAGUUGCAGAAGCGACAGAAGCCCGUGGACGAUGAGCUUGCAGCCGAGGCGAUCGCCGACAUCAAGAAGGCCAAGAGGAUUCGAGGUAUGGCCCCUGCCGCAGCUGGACAUGUCGGCGGUCGCGCGCGGGACGUCGACUACGACGUCGCGAUGCUCAGCGACGUGAGUUCCGACGACGGCGAGCAGCGCGCCCAGCUCCAGGACGAGGAGGACUCAGAGGAGGGGGAGGCUGCGUCUGCAAUCUGCAGUGGUGGAGGUGCCGCUGGAGGCCGGGCUGCGUCGGCGGCGGCGACGCCGCGCUCGAAGUGCAGCUUGCCCCCGAGCAACACCGUCGAGCCGAUCGGUGAGGAUGGCGAGUCCGACGGCGACUGCCGCCGCCCUCCACGCAGCGGGCGCCCUGAGGCACAAGCCUGGCGAAACCUCAACUACCUGUGGGAAAGGGCAAGGCCCACGCCGCAGGAGUCCGCCACUCAGAGGUUUGAGAAGGUCAUGGAGAGGGCUCGUGAGCACCAUUCGGCAGAGAAGGAGUGGACGCAGCGCCCGAAGAGCAGGAUCCACGAUGCCACCGUCAACGCAUUGGCCAAAUCCGCCCGCGAGAUGGCCAGGUUCACUGGAGACGAUGAUUGCUCAGCGGAGUCGGAACAAGCAGGGAUGGUGAUCAAGGAGAUCUCGGCCAGGCGUAUCUUCUUCGAGGAGAUCAGGGGCAAGACCGUGGACGUGGCAAAGCGGACCAUCACCAGCGCGGAGCACCAGGUUAUGGUCGGUUGUUCUGUGAGCUUAAGGUCGCAGAUCAUCCAGCAAGCCUGCUUCACGCUAGCGACGAGCGAACCGCCACUCAUGAUCAAGUUUGCCAUGUGCCCCCGAGCUCCUGCUCCCGAGGGCGAUUCUCAACCAGUUGAGUGGCCUCGCGUCGAGACUCUGUGCCUCGGGCUGCUGUGGGAGACCGCGUCGUGCAAGGCUGGCGCCAUCAUGGCGGACUCGCUGGCGGUGCGAACUCAGGCUGGCCUUGUGACCGACAUGGUGGAGCGAAUCGUCAUCGAGAGUCCGAGCGAGGCGACGGUGCUGAAGAGGAUUGCCGACGUCAAGGAGUACUUGGGCAAGGAGUUCCAGCCUUUCGACUUCAGCGUGUGUGACGACGCGCGGGAACCUUUCACGAAGGCCAGUCUCUUCGAGCAGCCCUACAUGGACGUGUCCGCUCUCGUCGUCGCAGGCGACGUGUUGACGUGCACUCGUGAGGCGAAGCCUGUGGCAGGGGCUUUGCGCAAGAUGUCCAGAAUGAUGCUCUCCAACAUCGACGCAGUUUCGACGCGUGUACGGAAUCUAGCUACCGCUGCAGGGGUGAGGGCACUCUCGAACAGCAACGUCAUGAAAAUCGCGUGGGAUCACCUGGUCGAGCUGCUCGCCUCAGAUGGCAACCUCGCCAAUGCAGAUUGCGUGAAGGAGGCUGCGGCGGCUGCCAGCCAGUUCAAGGAGAAGGUCUUGAGUAUCGCCACGGGCUUGAAGGAGCCCAGCGGCAAGAGCGAGGAUGCCUACAACGCCGUCGUGGACGUUUGCCAGGAGGAGCAGCAAGAUAUCUCAAUGAAAUUUUGCGCCACGUGCAUCGUGAAUGCAGACCCGAGUGACUUCGAGGAUACGGUCUACGCGGAGAACAUGAACAUGGCCAAGGUGGUGAACGCGUUCAUGUGCAAUACGUUGAUGAGCUGGUUCAGCGUUGAGGAUGACACGUGGGACGAGCUCUACUGGGUUGGAAACGUCUUGGAGUACUGCGCCCACUUCGCGCCGAAGUCCCAGGCUCACUUGAUGGACUCGGGCCUGAAGCCAGCUGCUGACCAGGAGGUGAACGACAUCUUGGGCGACAACUUCAUGACCUUCUUGCACAAACUGAACCACGCUUGGGCUGGAGUCCAGGUGGCCACCCCCUUGAUGUCCUACGUCCGACGCGUCGUGCACUCGCCGUUCUGUUAUGACGCAUUCUUGUCCGUUGCGAAGGAGUUCGAGAGCAAAGUGCCUGAUGGUGUGAAGGCGCUCUUGGUGUCAGCACGGAGCAUGAAAGCCCUGGAGAGAUCGUUCGGCUGGGUCAAAGACGGCAGACAGAUCGGCAUGAUCGAAUUGACGACCGCCCUCAUGGACGCGAGCACCGUCACGAACGACGCUCGCGAGCUGGAGUCGUUCGGGAAGCAUGAGAAUGAGCUGAUCAGGGUGUGGAGGCUUGCGCUCCGCGACCUCACCAAGCCCGACGUGGAGGAAGACAUCCAGCAGUUCUUGGACAAGUGCAGCGGCUUGGAGGAAGCCUUGAACAAGUGGUCGUUCAAGGGGGAGCUCGCGUUUCUCACCUCGGACGGCAACGACUCGGCAUGGGCGGCGAUGAUCAGACGUUUCGAGACGUUCAUUGCCACGACGCCCACAUCCGAGCGCAUAUGUGAGUUCCUGGUCUCCAACGUCUCCAUGCUCAAGUGGGCUGACGACAAGGAGAUGAGUGUGGUUCGGUCUCUCAGUGAGUACAGUGCGAAUCGCUCGUCGCUUGCUUUGAAGCUUGGCAGUGCUUUGUCGGAGAUGGUGCUGGCUAACUGCAUCAAUGCUGCGCCUGCGUGUGCUCUCCAGCGUUCGUUGGAGCUGACUGCGGGCAUCCUGCCCAAGCGUUUCAAUGCGAAGCUCCAGGAUUUGAAUCAGGCCUUGCAGGAUCGGGUUGCAGCCGUCCUUGCCAGGCCGCCAGACACCAGCGGCGAGAAGUCUCACAUCAGUGUUGGUGGUACCGACUUCUCGAGCAUCGCAGGAGGCAGUGCUGGCCCGUCGAAGUCGACAGCUGCCCCUGCAAGCGACAGGCCGACCCUUAAGAAGAAGGGCUCGCAGGCGCUGCAAUUGAUCGGGGAUUGGGAGUUCGGAGCUCGAGGGUUCUCAGAUCACAGUCGAGAGGACGAGGAUAGGAAGGAGGACGAGUGA